UGUUGCCCGGUACCUAGGCGGUGAAACGGCAUGGAUGUCUGACGACACCGGUAGUUAAAGCCAGAAAAGGUGAAGCUAGUAGUUUACGGAGCGGGAUACACAGAUGGUAAAUAAAGGCGUUUUUUAAGCAGGGUCACAGCUGAAGAGUAGCUCCAAGGUUUUAUCGUGGCUGAGUUUGCGUAUAAUUGUAGUGAGAUUUGUGAUGGGUUUGAUGAUACGUUAAGCGAUCAGAGCUGUGAUGGCGAAGAGGAUAGCAGAUAAAGAGUUAACCGACAGGAAUUGGGAUCAAGAAGACGAAGGAGAAGAGCCUGGAACGUUCUCCCUUGCAAGCGAAGAUGUACUGAAGAACCGGCCAAUCAAGAAGGCAAAACGCAGGAACAUGGCGACUGAGGGUGAGGCUGGAGGUGCUUUCAAAAGCUUUAAAGGUUUUUCAUUGGCCUCAGUUGGGACAGGGGGAGGUGCAGCCUCAUUUGGAGGCUUGGGGAACGGAACCGGGUUCAAGACCCUGCCCAGUCUGACGAAUGGGAAUGGUGGUGCAGUUGCCCCGCCCGCCCUCUCUACACUUGGCUCCACCCCCACAGCAAAGACCACCACCGGCUCAUUGGCAUUCAACGGCCCCGCCUCUUCCCAACCCCCUGCCACUGACGUGAGCGGUAGGCAGCCCAAUGGCCCCGCCCCCGGUGCAGCUCAGAGUCCUCAGAACAGCCGGGAGUACAGCCGGCAGCUGACGGCGCUCAACUACUCUGUGCGCGACUGGAUCACCAAGCACGUCAACGACAACCCGCUGUGCGACCUCAACCCCAUCUUCCGCGACUACGAGCAGCACCUGGCCAGCAUCGAGCGGCAGUAUGGCGGGGGCUCAGAGGGCGAGGCAGCCAAGCAGGGGAGCUCCCAGCCCACCGGGGCCGUGGCUGCUGCCUCCGCUCCUGCAUCCUCCACCGGAGGCAGCAGUGGGAUAGCUUCCUUGCCAGGGGCAACUCUGCUCGCUCAGGAAAAAGAGAGCGUGGCCCCGCAGAUAGUUCCACCCGGCGUCACGUUUAACUUCGGCAAGAAGGUGGAUGCCUCGCUGUUGGGUACCCUGGGUACCAGCGGAGCGGCCAGCUUCUCCUUCUCCACCCAGAGCUCCUCCGCCUCCCUCUUCGGAGGCCAGGGGGCCGUAGUAACGGCGAGUAGCUUCUCCUUUGGCGGCGCUAAGGCGGAGGCGGCAAACAGUGCUGAACGGAAAGAUGAGAACGGGGGAGCCGACGAAGAGUCGGAGGAGCCCCCGAAGCCUGUGGUCACGGAGGUCAAGGAGGACGACGCGUUCUACUCCAAGAAGUGCAAACUGUUUUAUAAGAAAGAGAAUGAGUUUAAGGAGAAGGGAGUGGGGACGCUGCAUCUGAAGCAGGUCGCAGAUGGGAAGACUCAGCUCCUGGUGCGGGCUGACACCAACCUGGGAAACAUCCUCCUGAAUAUCAUGUUGCCCGCCUCCAUGCCCUGCUCACGCAUGGGCAAGAAUAACGUGAUGGUGGUGUGCGUGCCCAACCCCCCCGUGGAUGAGAAGAGUCCCACCAACCCUGUGCCGCUGCUCAUCCGGGUGAAAACGGGGGAGGACGCAGACGAACUGCACAGAGUGCUGCUGGAAAAGAGGGUGUGAGGCCCCGCCCCCCCAGCUGGGACUGAUCAAACGCCAAUGGGUUCCUUACAGGCCGUGUCCCUUUUAGCAGAUCACCUUCCCCCUUACCUCUGCCUCCCCUCCACGCCCUUCGGUCCCUCGUUGUCGAUUGUGCGAUAAUCUGGCCCUAGACCGUGUCGUGGUAACUCGAGGUUCACAUACUCUGUCCCCUGGUACAGUUUUUUAAUGAAAUUCGUUAAAUAGCAUGCCUGUAUAUAUUUAUAGAUUAAGUAGUCAGUUGUCAUACUGUGAAACGGGAUUAUUUUUUUUUGCCAUGCUUCUAGGCGUGAGACACCCUCGCUUUUGGCCAAACUGCUCAUGCAAAAAGGUUUCUUUUCGGAAACUUAGGGGAUAUUGUUUAUUGAAUUUUGAAGAUUUGUUUUAUUUUUUUUUUAAAGUGGAAAACGAGUCAAGGCUCCCUGGAGUCAGAAACAUUCCGUCAGUCGUGAACUUUUGCUGCUAUCCUGUAGUUCAGUGGAAGAUUGAGGUCAGUCAGCCAGCCGCUGCUAAGCUUCCAUCGACCUGGAGAUUUGAAACUGCGGUACUGAUUAAUUCGGACAAUGUUGUGGCAGAAAGGAACAAAACGUUUUGAUGAUGUGAGUCUGGGUAGGAGCAAGUCCGCUGUGAUUCUGUAUGUCAUGCUACUGGUUAAUGAGGAAAUUGAACCUUCAGGAAUUACUAAGUCUGCAGUUUUGCUUCUGUAAUUGGAGAUAAGUUAUUACUGGCUCUGCUGUUCUGGCACCCUGUUGCUCAUUUAGGCAUUUUCUUGCUUUGUAUUUUUUUGUAAAUUAAAGGAAAUGUGAUUUCACACGGUUUCACAAAGUCUUCGUUUUGAGUGUCAUGGGGUCAUUGGGCCCUCGGCUAAACAGAUCUAUAUAUAUAUUAUUAUUAUUUUUUUAAAACUUCAGCCACUUCUCUGUGAGUGAUGUGAUGGGGAAUAUUUAUUCAGGAGUGGUAGUUGCCUGUGCUGAGUGAACUGGAUUGAGACCUUUUCAUCUCCGACUGGCAGAUUUGAGUCCUUUUCAGUCCUCUCCCUACCACAUCUGACCCCCACUUCCCCAAAGAGGAUAGUAUUGUACAGACCCCCCACACUUUUUAAAUGUCAGUGUUGUGGAUGAAUCUGUGAGUCUGCAGCUGUUCAGUCCGUCUGUGCUUUCAUAUCGGCCACACUGCUGUUGCUGAGUGGCUGAUUUAAAUUUUUUUUUUUUUUUUAUCAUCACCAUCCAAGUGUCCUUCAUACCACUCCAGCAGAGGUGACUCCCGCCAGGCAAAGCGGCCUGAAACAUUUGUAUGAGUGACUGGUCAAUAAAUCACUGCACAAUCACUUUCACAGACUGGCCUGUUUUGUGUUCUCUGGCGGUUUAGGUGUCCGCUAAACGGUCAGUAAGAAAAAACGCGCCAUCGAAUUCUCCUGGCUCUCUGGUAAUCCGGGCUACUUGCUGGUGAUCCAGCCAUUCUGAAAAGCUUAAAUAUAUAUAUUUUUUUCUAAUAAAAAAGCAAAGCUGCAGAAAGUAAAUGGUUUUAAUUAGAAAGCAGGUAGCUAUCACCUGGCAACUUAACCAAUUUUGAAUUUGGUUUUAACCAGUUUUAGUUCUGCAGGGUCCGUGUGCUGUUACUCAACACCAUGUAUGUGUUUGACUCAAACAUUAAACUGAGAUUGCAAAAAUGUC